CCUUCAAUUAGGCGGAGGGGAGAGAGAGAGGAGGGGAGGAGGAGGAGGAGAAGCCAGCGUCGGAGCACGAGAACGAGCACGCGUUCUUCGCCUCUCCACCCCACGGGAGGGCGAGGGCGCGGCGAGCCGGCGAGAGCGAAUCGGAUUUGGGGAGGCAGAGGGUGGAUCCCCGGAGCAGCUCCUUUUCGCCUCCCCAUUUCCCUCCCGAUUCGGAUUCCGGCCGCGGCUGCUCAAUCCCGCGCCCGAAUCCGCGACGAUACCCCGCCCGCCGGGGGGGGGGGAUCGUUGGCGGUGCUCCCUGCCCCGCCUCUCGCCCCUCCGCCUGCUUUUGCCGCGGCAUCCUCUCUCCGGCCGAUUUGGAGCCGACAGAUCGCUAAAUUUUCCUCGUCACACAUUCCCAACAUUCAACUUCCUACAUUCAGAAGCCUGUGUUUUGGAAGGACGAUUCACGAUGAAGCCCAAUCAGUUAAUUCUAUCCAACCUUGAUAUUGACAAGGGAUAUGUAUACAAGUUCCCAUCAGAGCUUCCAAUGCCUCAUGAUCUUGGUUUGAGUUUGUUUUCACAUGCUGGUUCCGUGGUGGGGACUUCUUUAAGACAUCACCGGAAGAUUUGUUCUUCCGGAAAUGUAAUGGUCCAUGGAGCUUUCAAUUGCCUCAACAAGUUCUCCAGAGCUCUCUUUUUCUGGCUUUCUAGACCAUCUGAUCCUAAGAUUUUCCACUGGCUGUCAGCUAUAGCAGCGACCGGUUCUAGAUCCUGUCAGUUGCAUAUGAAGCAAGUGAGCUCCCACAUGCAAAAUUUGACAAGAUUGCAGUUGGGGUUUCUAGCUAGGCUUGCAAAUGCAAUGGUUGGGCGAUUGUGCAAUGAUUUUGAGAAACAAGGCGCCUGCAAUCUACUCACCCUUGCUGGCGCUGCUGCUGUCGUACCACCACUCGAAACUAUAUCGCCAAUAAUACUUGCAGAGGCUAUCACAUUAAGAAAUGCUGAUGGUUAUAUCAGCAGACCGGUGGACCAGACUCAUGUACAAGGAAAGUGCUUAAGUUGUGCCUCUCCUUCUGUGCCAAGUACUAUCUUUAAAGAAGAUGCCAUUGAACCAAAAACUGGAAUCAAGUUUCCAGCAUUUCUCGAAGGUGAUUCCAGUCCAUCUGCACCGGCCCUUGUUGGGAUAGGUUACAAAGGCAUGAGAGUAAUGAGGGUCAAGAAUUUGAACCUGUACGCUUUUGGUUUAUAUAUGCAACCGAGUUCUAUUCGUGAGAAGCUGGGUCCUAAGUAUGCUUCUGUUCCAACGGACAAACUGAUGGAGAACCCUGAUUUCUAUAGAGAUCUUCUCAGGGAAAACCUUGAUAUGAGGGUUAGAUUGGUAGUUCACUACAAUGGCCUCAGCGUUGGUGCAGUGCGAGAUGUGUUUGAGAAGUCCCUUGGCCUGCGUCUUCAGAAGAUGAAUCCUAACACAGACUACCACUGCUUGAAGACCUUUGGUUCUCACUUCACGGAAGAUAUCGCCAUACCUGCGGGCACAAAAAUCGACUUCUGUCAAACAUCAGAUGGGAAGCUAAUAACAGAAAUUGAUGGGAAACAAAUUGGUGCUGUUGAGAGCAAAGAUCUUUGCAAGGCUUUCUUCGACAUGUAUAUCGGCGAUUCACCGAUUUCACCGGAGGCCAAGAAAAAGGUUGCCCAGAACGUGGCUGGACUCAUCGCAAGAAGCUGAGGAAAGCGGAAAAUCCAAGGGCAGCUGGUCGAAUGAUUAUUUCAUUCUUCUGUACAGUUAGAGAGGACACCAUAUGACCGGGAAAAAUAGGCGAGAAUCAUUGUAAGUAUAUAGAGUGAUCUGUGUCUUGUAAACAAGGCAGGCAAAAGUUCCAAUGUAUAUGCGGAAGGUUAGCAUCUUCAGUUGCGCAAGGGCCCCCAUCCUUUUUAUUUUCCUUGUUCGGAUGGGCCUUUUGCUUCUUCGUAGCUGCUGUAUCUGUAUGCUCCCAUUGAGCCAGGAGUUGUAAAACAUUAAGAGUUGAAGAUGCUUCUUCCAUGAAAUGAAAAUGCAAGCCUUCAAUUUUUUUCUCU